GCUGGCCGGGCGGGCGCGUUUGGCCGAGCAUGGCGGCGCUGAGGGUGCUGGAGCUGUACAGCGGCAUCGGCGGCAUGCACCAGGCCCUCAGAGAAAGCUGCACAUAUGCAGAAGUUGUUGCUGCUGUUGAUGUGAACACUCUUGCCAAUGAUGUUUACAAGCACAACUUUCCCAGCACACCGUUAUGGGCAAAGACUAUUGAGGGCAUUACACUGAAAGAAUUUGACAGAUUAUCUUUUGAUAUGAUUUUGAUGAGUCCUCCCUGUCAGCCAUUUACAAGAAUUGGCCUGCAAGGUGAUGUAUCUGAUCCACGGACGAAGAGCUUUCUCUAUGUCCUUGACAUUCUCCCAAGGCUUCAGAAGCUUCCAAAAUACCUACUUUUAGAAAACGUUAAAGGAUUUGAAUCCUCUUCUGCAAGAAAUGAACUUCURCAAACACUAGCAACAUGUGGAUUUAAACAUCAGGAAUUUCUCUUGUCUCCAACUUGUCUUGGCAUUCCCAAUUCUAGGCUCCGGUAUUUUCUAAUUGCAAAGCUUCACCAAGAACCGUUUUCCUUUCAAGCUCCUGGUCAAAUAUUGACAAAAUUCCCAGAUCAGGAUCGAGAAGAUUUACUCAGGAAAAAAGUCACUGACAGAGUGGAUGAAACCAGUUCUUUGUCSUCCAAAGAGAAGAAUCUGGAACAAAACACUGGUCCAGAUUGCAGCAGCAAGAAGAUUUUACCAAAAGGGGCCUUUCUAUUUAAGCUUGAAACAGUAGAAGAAAUGGAAAGGAAACAUGAGCAGGAUAAUGAUUCCUCUAUUCAAAUGCUAAAAGAYUUCUUGGAAGAGGAAAAUGAAGAAAUGAGUCAGUAUUUCUUACCACCAAAGUCCUUAUUGCGSUAUGCUUUCUUGUUAGACAUUGUUAAACCCACCUGCCGGAGAUCCACAUGCUUCACAAAAGGGUAUGGACACUAUGUGGAAGGGACUGGCUCAGUUCUGCAGACAGCAGUAGAUGUCCAGCUUGAAUCAGUGUUUAAACACAUUGACGAGUUACCAGAAGCAGAGAAGCUUAUGAAAUUGUCAACACUAAAACUGAGGUACUUUACCCCAAGAGAAAUAGCAAAUCUUCAUGGAUUCCCUUCAGAAUUUGGUUUUCCUGAAAAGGUAACAAUAAAGCAAUGUUAUCGUCUUCUGGGAAACAGCCUCAAUGUACACGUGGUGGCAAAAUUGAUCUCCAUUCUACUUGAAUAAUUUAGAAACUGAAUCUGAUGCAUAUGGACUGGUGACAGAAAAUACUUCCAUCUUUCAGGAGAAAGCUGAUGGAAGCUGGACAAAAACCAGAGCUUACCAAGACAUUUGUCCAGACAUUUUGCUGAACAUUUUUGAUACAUUUUUAAUAACUGCCUUUCACGUUGGAUUUGAACUGUACAGGUGKUUUAUUUAAAUGGAAGUUUACAGGAUUUAUUUGCUUUAUUCAAAAGUUCUUUUUAGUUUGCAAAGUGAAAAGGAAUAGCAUAUGCCAAUACUGCARUGAAAAAAGACUAUUACAUUUUACCUUAAAAAUGUUUUCUCAGUGCUGUACAAAACUGUAUAAAUGCUGUUUUAAUUAGGUGCAGAGACCAAAUUCUACAUGUAAAAUGUUAUCAUCUGUAAAUGUAAGUGAUWCAUUCUGAAAGAUUUACUGUAUUCAUAAUGUGAAAUUUUGAUGUCAUUUUUGUAGCUCAUGAAACUAUUAAAUUCAGUAUUUCAUAUACAAUUUUUAAGACACAGUGUUGUCCUUACUUUGUGGUUGUUUCAUCUUUAAAUACUUGUAGGAUUCUGGAACCCAACUGGAUAUGAUCUGUCUGGUAUGUAUCUGUCUGGAAUGAUCUGUUUAGGUGCAGCUGAAUAAAAAUAUUUCAAGAUUAUCACAGCCCUGACAAUAAUAU